UGAUUUGCCUUUGAUUGGCCCCUUCAAAAAUUCUGAAGAUGAGCAUAGAUUCGAGUUUUUUAAUCCUAUUCUGAAACCUAUUUUUGAUACUAUACAUAAAAGUUACAGCAUCAAACUCAAUAAAACACUUGGUAAUUCAACAAAACGUCCAGAUUUUUCAUGCCAUAUUGAUGAUUUUCCGAUCUUAAACACAGAAGUAAAACCAUUAAGAUAUACCCAAUUUCAGAAAACAAAGGAUUUCAUAAAAGCUUGUUUAUGUGCAAAAAAAACAAUUGAUGGGUUAAUUGAUCGAAGGGAUGGGCCUUGCACAUCAUUGUUUUUAUUAAAUAUGGGUGUAUACAUUGAAUCUUUCAUAAUGGAUUUGGAUGUGGAUGGUGUAUACAGAGUGUUCCCUUUUAUGAAAUCCAUUUUACCAAUUGAUAAACCAUCAGUUAUGUCAUUGUCUCCUACUUUAACACACCUAAUAGCAUUACAGGAACAUGUUACAUCACUAGCAGAAGAUUAUAGAUCUAGACCUAAAUAUUUCACACCAUCAAAAAGAUUGAAUUACAAGAGAAAAUCGCCAGAUUCACCCCAGAUAAAAAUUUUGAUGCAGUGA